UAGGCGUGGAUUUCGACGGUCGAAGAACGUGGUUCGAAGUGUGAGCGCGAGUGCGAGCAUAAGUGCGAUCGGGUACGGAACUCGACGAACGUGAACGAGAGCUUGCGGUCCGCAUUCGUACACGUUUCAGGGCCACGAGCCGGCUCCCGGAAACUGCGUCGCGACGUGCCGCGACACAUUGCAACGCUUUAAUCUUAAAGUUUUCGCUUUGAUUUUUGCGAUUUUUGAAAAUUUUCAAUCAUCGAUUAUUGAUCUCUCAUCAUUUAUUGUGUACAUUUUUUUUAUUCAUACGUUUCUUCUUCUACGUUUUAUUCCAUUCACGUGUCUUCUUAUUUUUAAAUUCGUAUCAAAGUUGGAUAAUUUCAACGAUUGUCUACAGAUAGAUAAGUAGAUAGAUGGAUAGGUCCCGAGGGAAAACAGAAAUGGAAAAAAUCGGAUCGCAGAUAUUGCUUGCGAUGUUAGGAAUCGCUUGACGGGAUAUGAAUUCGGCAUGAAAAUCGAUCGAAUCAAUCACGAAUUUCCUUUGCAAAAAUAUAUUGAUAAUCAAAAUAUCGAUACGCGAGUCAAGAAGCGCCGUUUCAUUCGAUUCCAAACGAAAAAAGGACAGAAAGAAAGAAAAAGAGGAGGAAGAAGAGAGCAAGAAGGAAGUGGAAGAAAGUGGAGAAAGAUUGCACGAAAAAAAACUUUUUAUCAGACUGUCUCACGAGAAACGAUGACUCUUGUGACAAACACUAUAUCUUAUGCAUGCCAACCGAUCGGUAGAGAAUCCUACGAUGUUUAUCGACAUCACUUACAACUUCGGCACCAUAAUCAUCAUCUUCAUCGUUAUUAUUACCAUCGGCAUCAUCAUCAGUAUUAUCAUCAUUAUCAUUAUCGUCGACGACAAAGUGUAUAUACUAUUGAUAAUCCUUCAAUUGAAUAUCUGCAAAGACAUCUGACUGAAGAAAAUGUGGAUGAAGAAACGAAAAGUCGUGUAAUCGAGACAACUGAAAAUGAUUUUGCAUUAGGAUCGACCAGCUCUCAACGCUAUCAAUCGCAACCAUUACGAUACGCGGUGGACUCGGACGACGCAUCGUCCAUCGUAUCGGUGGAUGCUUCGGCUGAUCUUGAAUCCGGUUCCGUCGAGGCCGAGGAGAGCAAUGAGGGUAACGAAUUGAAUGAAUCAAACGAAAGGAGUAACGAAUUGAACGAAACCGAACUACAUGAACAUGUGCCUCAUCCUGACGUGGCUCUAGAUGCCGCUACCUCAAUACAUGGACCUCGCCGAUGUUUACUUUGGGCUUGCAAAGCUUGCAAAAAGAAAACUGUCACUGUCGAUCGAAGAAAAGCUGCUACUUUACGAGAAAGGAGACGUUUGAGAAAAGUAAAUGAGGCAUUUGAAAUUUUAAAAAGGAGAACAAGUAAUAAUCCCAAUCAACGUUUACCAAAAGUUGAGAUUUUAAGAAAUGCAAUUGAGUAUAUUGAAGGUCUUGAAGCAUUGUUGCAGAACAACAGAUCUUCUUUAGCUGAAGAUCAUAGCUCGGUCGAAAAUACAACAGAUACAACUUCUCCGCAAUACAUAACGGAAAAGCUGAGACAAUUUUCAGAUCCUUUAGCAAGAUUUCAACCCAUCAAUGAAUUCGAGGAAAUGCUGGAAUCGCAGUCAUCUCAACUCAAUGGAAGCAGUUUGGAACGCCUUAAUAUGAUUGUUCAAAGUAUCAACGGACCGACUUGUACAACCACCGAUACGCUUCGAUAUCCUUCGCAUCAAUGACACUAUGUUCGAAUAUCAAUACAGAUACAGAUGUUUGAAGAUUAUGAAAGAUCGAAGAAUUUUUUUUCUUGUUCCUUGUUAAUCCAUUGUUGAAUAUAUCAUCGAAUGGAUACAAAGUUCCUAAAGUGAAUUAAUGAAAAUAUUAUUCUUUUUAAUGUUAAUAUACAGCAAUUAUUUUUUUUUGAGUCUGUCUAAUAUCUCGUUAUCAAUUAAUUAAAUUAAGUAUCUAUUUACGCAUCAUUAGUUAAUCAUAUUUUAUUAAUCGUAUAAGAGAAUUUUAAACAAACAAUCUUAUACAAUCUUAUAAUCUUAUAAACUUAUAAUCUUAUACACAAGUUAUCUAAUUUUUUGUAUAUAAAUACGUAUGCACAGUGUAUAUAUAUAUUUUAUAUAUUUGUAUAUAAAUAUGUAUAUAUAUUGUAUACGUAUAAUGUAUUGCUGCGAAAAAAUAAGUAUAUACUGGUAUGGUACAAAGACAAAAAAAAAAUACGCUAAUACAUGUAUGUAUUUAUUUUGCUUACUUCAUUAUAUUCGCUUAUCAUUAUACGAUAAUAUUAUUUGAGAUAUGAGACUUUUGAUUAAUGCCUAUUGCAUGCUUAUUGUUAUUAUUUUAUUAGAUUCAUUAGAAAUAAUCAGACUUGCAUUCCUUUCAAAGGAUUUUUUUUUAAAUAGUAUAUAAUAUAUAUCUAUAUACAUAUAUACAAAUUUAUAAGCGCAAAUAAUAAAAUAUAUGAGGAUACGUUAAAUUUCGUAA